GCUCGAGAACAACAGUGUCAUAGUGCCCUUAUAAGUCUUGGAGAGGACGUAGCUGCGGGCCAUGCAGAACGGCUCGCUCCCUCCCACCACCGGGAGCUCCGCCGCAUCCGGGAGCUUCGGGUAGAUGGAGGAGACGGCAAGCGAGCCGCCGUUGUACUUCCCCUCGGCGAACACCAGGCUCGCUGUCACCAUGGGAGGCCACGACGUGGGAGCCCCGAGCGCGUCCGACGAGCUUCGACGUGAGGCCCGGCCAUCGGGCCAGCCGAUCAUCGACGACGAUGGUGUUCCCGUAGUAAGACUUCGGUUUCGAUUUCGGUUCAUAUUUUCGAUUCAUUUAAAGUAUUUACUGUAUUAAUUACUGUCUCAUAAAACCCAUUUGUUUUAAUUUUUUAAAGUCAAUUUGGGUUCUCAUUUCGUUGCAGAAACCCAAACCGAACCAUUAGAUUUGGUUCCGAUUUGAUUUGAAAUUGCUAAACUAUCGAUUCAUUUUGGUUUCGGUUCAUGACCGGUUCGGUCCAAACCUAAUAAGGUAGCCCAAUAAGCCUUUUCCCGUUCUCAGUGGCAAUCUCGUGAUUCGAGGGCCAGAAAACCCUCGGUCGAUUCCGUUCGCCUGUGACCAUCCUCAGUGGCAAUCUUGUAAUACGAUAGCCAUCAACCCUAGGUUGAUUCCGUUCGCGCACCUAUAUAACCCCGAGAUAGCGGCGACGCCUGCUCUUCUCUGUCGUCACAUCGCGUCGCAACUCGAGCCCUUCCAAGAUGUCGAAGCGAGGGCGCGGAGGAACGGCGGGGAACAAGUUCCGGAUGUCGCUGGGUCUGCCGGUGGCGGCGACGGUUAACUGUGCCGAUAACACGGGGGCGAAGAACCUUUACAUCAUCUCCGUGAAGGGGAUCAAGGGCCGUCUUAACCGCCUUCCCUCCGCUUGCGUCGGGGACAUGGUCAUGGCCACCGUAAAAAAGGGCAAGCCCGACCUGCGGAAGAAGGUCAUGCCCGCCGUCAUCGUCCGCCAACGCAAGCCAUGGCGCCGAAAGGACGGCGUCUACAUGUAUUUUGAAGAUAAUGCUGGAGUGAUUGUGAAUCCCAAAGGUGAAAUGAAAGGAUCUGCUAUCACUGGACCCAUCGGGAAGGAAUGUGCAGAUCUGUGGCCGAGGAUUGCCAGUGCAGCAAAUGCUAUCGUGUAACAUGAUGAUGCUUGAGAUCAACAGCCGAGGUUUUGGAUUAUGAUUAUAUGUUUCAAGAGAUAGGUAUCAUGUUGUCUUAUUUGGUUACUGGUUAGCUGAUGUUUACUAGGUGUUCAACUUUAUGGAUCUGAUGUUCAGCUGUUGCUGGAGACAUUUUAAUUCUACUUGAUCUAUUUAUGA